CGAGAUCUAAAAAAGUUACAUUUCGGACCAUGCGCGUAUGGAUCGUAAUUGAAGAACCUCGUUAUUGUUGAGUUUCAUUAACUGAUUGCGAAAAUUACCAUUCGCAAUUUCAUGUUCGUGAUCAAAGUCGUAUAAAGUUUAAUAAUAGUUGUUUAUAAUUACGCUGUACGGAUUAUUACGCAGUUUUUUUUGUCGUUACGUUAGGUCAGGUUAGGUUCCGUCAGUUUAUAAUGCAAUUCCGGUUGAAGUGUCAGUAGAACGAACGUCAGACCAGUUGUACGAUUACGCCUGAAUGUUUUUAAUGAGGAAGACACUACUGCUUGAUCUCAACAAAUUUGUUUAAUAUAUUGCAAACAAAUCGUUCAACAUGUCAACACCAAAAUUUCCCUUGAAAGAAGCACAAAUACUAUCCAAUGAACAUAAAUUUAUUGUACCAAAAAAGUGUAUCAAGGUACCAGCUGAUUUAGCAGUUUGGCAAAAAUCAGAAGCAUACUUUGAAUAUUUGGGAUUUAUCUUAGCAUUGAAUGAAGCUGUUAAAGAGAAACCAUUGGAUUAUCAAUGUCCUCAGUCUGCCUCAGUGGACAAUGUUAUACAGAUGUUGAGUAAAUUUGACGAAUGGAUUACAGAGAUUCCACCUACAGAGCAACCUCAACGAUUUGGUAAUAAAUCAUUUCGCAUAUGGCAUGAAAGACUACAACAGAAUGCAAUAGAAGAGUUGAAACAAGUAUUGCCAGAAGAAUUGCAUCGUGCAAUUGCAGAAAUAGUUGAAUAUUUAUAUGAAAGUUUUGGAAAUCCGACUCGUAUAGAUUAUGGAACGGGUCAUGAGAUGGCUUUUCUUAUGUUUCUCUGCUGCAUGUUCAAGAUAGGUGCAUUUAAAGAGGAUGAUAAAGUUGCUGUUGUAACAAAAGUAUUUAAUAGAUAUCUCGAGUUGGUACGUAGACUUCAGUUAACAUAUCGUAUGGAACCAGCAGGUAGUCACGGUGUUUGGAGCUUGGAUGAUUACCAAUUUGUACCCUUUAUAUGGGGAAGUUCUCAACUAAUUGGACACCCUCGAAUAGAACCUCGUCACUUUGUAAACCAAGAUAUUAUAGAAUGUUAUAGUAAGAAAUACAUGUUCCUUGGAUGCAUCGAAUUUAUUUUAAAGGUAAAAAUAGGACCUUUUGCUGAACAUUCGAAUCAAUUGUGGAAUGUUAGCGGAGUGUCCACGUGGUCGAAAGUAAAUAACGGUCUUAUUAAAAUGUAUAAAGCAGAGGUAUUGGCAAAGUUUCCUGUUAUCCAGCAUGUUUUCUUUGGUUCUUUGUUACCGUUGACACCAAUGAAUAAUCCACCGAACUACAGAGGAGCCGAACUUAACGAAUUACCGCAAUGUCUUAACCGUUCAACACCACCGGCAACGACGCGAUGAAAGCAAUAUAUAAAUACAUUUGUUAUUGUGAAUCAUUUAUUCUAUACUUUCUCUCGUAUUUAUAAUAAAGUAUGUAUAUUAUACUACUAUGUAAUCUAUAAGAGCGUUAAUGCCAACUUUAUUUCUUAAUUUAUCAAAACUUUGUGUUUUUAUUCACAAAAAGACAAUUUUGUAUAUAUGACAUAUUGUAGAUAAUGUGUUUAAGUGAUAUU